GAGCUCCGGCCGCCAGGGGGCGCCUCGGCCGCACUUCUUUGUGUUCGGUUCUGCUCCCUGCAGAGGAAGAGGAGGAUGAAGAUGCGGUGAAAACAAAGAGAACUGCAGGUUCGGCUGUGGUUCGGAACCGGAGGAUCGGAACACGUUGCGGCUGGAGCGGAGCAGCUGGACCGCCGAACCUUCUCAUGUCUGAGGAGGCAGCAGGAGCCGAACCGGGUCCGGAGGAGGAGCAGCGGGGAGGAGGAGAGGUUGCUAUGGAAACGCCCAGCGCUCCGGUUUACUGCGUGUGUCGGAAGCCAGAUAUCAACUGCUUCAUGAUAGGCUGCGACAGCUGCACGGAGUGGUUCCACGGUCAGUGCGUCGGCGUGUCGGAAAAAGCAGCCAAAGCCAUCCGAGUUUGGUUCUGCCCGUCCUGUAGAGACAGAGACUCAUCUCUGGAGAUCAAAUACCGUCAGAAAAAGAGCAAGGAGGCGGAGCCUGAGAGGGACGACAGAACGGAUGGCGAGCGAAGCUCCGCCCUCCAGGCCAGCAUCGAGCGGCGACGGGGUUCUCAGAUCAAGCGUUCGGCCCGGAUGUGUGGCGAAUGCGACGCCUGCCUGAGGACGGAGGACUGCGCUCAAUGCGACUUCUGCAAAGAUAUGAAGAAGUUCGGUGGUCCAAACAAGAUCCGGCAGAAAUGCCGCCUCCGGCAGUGCGAAGUCCGAGCUCGGAAGAUGCUUCGAGUUCGAGACGAGGAGAUGAGUCGAAGUGGCAGCAGGGGGCGGGGCCUGUCCGCAAAGGGGGCGGGGCAUCUUUCAGAAGAUGAUGAAGAAGAAGACGAGGAUGAGGAAGGUUUCAGUGAGAGCGAACUGGAACUGUACCAGCAGUACAAAGCAGCUGGAUACAGAGACCUGGUGUGGCACAGCGAGGAGGAAGAUGAUGCUCAGUCAGACUCUCUGAGGAAGAAGGCGGUGAAGGUGAAACACGUGAAGAGACGAGACAAGAAACCGGAGAAAAAGAAGUCCGUUUCUGUUCCCAAAGAGGAGGCGAAACCUCGGCGCCAUAAGGUGAAGCAGCGCCACAGGGAACGUGUGCGGCACAGUGAGCGUGCAGGAGAGGGUGGGGCUAAAGAGGCGGGCGGGGCUUUGAGGCAGUGUCUGGGUCCGGGCUGUGUUGAACCGGCAAGAUGUGGCUCCAAGUACUGCUCAGAGGACUGCGGCAUGAAACUGGCAGCCAACCGCAUCUAUGAGAUCCUCCCCCAGAGGAUCCAGCAGUGGCAGCAGAGUCCCUGUGUCGCCGAGGAGAUGGGGCGGAGACAGUUGGAGCGAAUCAGGAAGGAGCAGCAGGCCGCCAGGCUCCGCCUUACGCUAAUGGAGAAACGUUUCCAUGAACUGGAAACCAUCAUCGCCAACGCCAAGCAGCAGCAGGUCCAACAAGAUGAGGAGGUUGCUGAGGGAGACGGGGACGACACAGACCUGCAGAUCUUCUGUGUGUCCUGCAGCCACCCCGUCAACCCCAAGGUGGCGCUGCGACACAUGGAGAGGUGCUAUGCUAAGUACGAGAGCCAGACCUCAUUUGGCUCCAUGUAUCCGACUCGCAUCGAAGGGGCCACCCGGCUAUUCUGUGACGUCUACAACCCUCAGAGCAAGACAUACUGCAAGCGGCUGCAGGUUCUGUGUCCAGAACAUUCCAGAGAUCCCAAGGUCCCGGCAGAUGAGGUGUGCGGAUGUCCUCUAGUCAAAGACGUCUUUGAGCCCACUGGAGAGUUCUGCCGGGUCUCCAAGAGGAAGUGCAACAAGCACUACUGCUGGGAGAAGCUGCGGCGGGCCGAGGUCGACCUGGAGCGAGUCCGAGUGUGGUACAAGCUGGACGAAUUGUUUGAGCAGGAGAGGAACCUGAGGACGGCGAUGACCAACCGGGCUGGGCUGCUGGCGCUGAUGCUGCACCAGACCAUCCAGCAUGACCCAAUCACCACCGACCUGCGCUCUGCCAAGGACAGGUAGACGGCCGGACCGAUGGACUUCUGGACCGAUGGACUUCUGGACCGAUGGACUUCUGGACCGAUGGACUUCUGGACCGAUGGCCUGUGUCCUGGAACAGUUUUAGUCGUUCUAAGAAGGCUGUCAGCAGCCAGGCUUCACUUCAAGAACCAGACAACCAGAACUGACCCGGAUACAUGAUCAAUCCAGAACUGGUAGGCAGACGGUUCUGGAUUAACUCACAGAACUGGUUCUGGAGGCUCAUUGGUUCUGGAGAUACGAACCAUCCUGGUCCACAAACUGCAGCUUGCACAUAACCAGUUCUGGUGCUGACAGAAAGAUUUUCACUACAUUUUCACAUAAAGUUAAAUUUCUUGGAUCCAGUUGAUGUGGUACUGAAUGUUCUGGGUCGGUACCGACCUGGAGCGACCCGUUAGAACCGGUCUGCAGCAGAAUUUCCCUCUGUGGGACAAUAAAGGUCAUUUCCACAAUCAGCAGGGGGCGAUCAACACUACUGGGUUGCAGUCUGAAUGGAUCGGGUCAGAAUCCAGAACCUGCAGCCGCUCCGUGUUUAUCCCCUUGUCAGCUGCUCUGUAACCAUGACAACAUCCACUUAGCAAAUAAAACGUCAUAAAGUCGAAAACAUCCAGCCGUACACAUUUAUAUGGCCAGUUUUCGUGGCUGUUGGUUCUGUGGUUCUGGUUCUGGGUCACCUGGUUUUGUUGGUGCUGAAACUUCUUUGUGCUGCUGCCUAAACCUUAGGGGACCAAAUUAUCCAUAAUCCUCAGUCACGAACCCACCAAAAACGAUCCGGGUUUUUACUGGGACCAUAGCAAGAUUGACUGAUACCCUCAAUGGAAAAAGCCAGCAGCCAAUCAGAGAGCUCCAUUGUUUUACUUCUGAUUUUCACUUUUGGCAUAUUUGUGAUUAUAAAGUUUUUUGUGUUUUUUACGAUGUCCAUUUGUCAUGGUCCAGAUUCUCCUGCUGCUUCCUCCUGCCUCACAGGAAGUGAUGCGUGACCAGAGUCUGGGUUUUUAUUGGCUCAAAUAAACCUGAUCAUGUUUUCAUAUCUGCUGCUGUAGUUUUCCUCAAUUCCAUGAUCCUGCCUGUAAUCCCAGAUUUUAAAUAAUUAUGUAAACAGGUAUUUUCACUUAAAACACACAAGCAGUAUUUUACUGCACCAAUAUGCUACAAUUUUAUGUAUUUUUAUGCAAAUAAAAGACCAAAGUGUCAUAUUUUCUUUCA